AUGUACCAGACUUGCGUUUGUUGCGGGCCGGUACCUUGCUGGAGGUCAGUCCGCAAAACUCGUGGUGGGAUUUUUCAAACUCGGGUUUACUGUACGUCCAGCGAGUUUGUGGGCAAAUGGAAAAAAACAACGCGUUAUUUUACGGACAACGUUACUGUACAGUAUACGUUUUAAACUAUAAAAAAGAAUGCAGGUUCGUAACA